CGCCACCCAUGUCCCCCCGGGCGCAGGCGCGCGAACCGGCUGGGUGACUGGGUCGCGUACGUGUGGUCCUCCUUUUUCUUAUCUCUUCCCGCCCCGGCUCCCGCCUUUCCCACGCACCAUACAAAACCAACCAUCGUGUACAGCAACAGCUUAUGCUUAGCCAUGUUCGUUGGAGAUCACACGCCGACGACGCUGCUUUUCUGGUAGAGUAUGGUGAACCAGCUCUUGCUUUAAUCUGCUGGUGCUGCGACGGCCCGAGCAUCCAUAUAAAGCGAGCUAGCCGCUACACAUUGUGUGGCCGCGCGCGCGCCCUUGUCCAGGCUCGGAGGAGAGCGCCGGCGGCCGGCCAUGUCGUCGUCGUCGUCGAAGCCGGAGAAGGAGGAGGAGAGGGAGGCGCCGUCGCCGUGCAUGAAUGGCGGCGCGGCGUCGUCGGAGGGCGACAAAGGCGGCGGCUAUGGCGGUGAGGAGGGACAAGAAGGAGAAGAAGGCGAGCGGGAGUUCGCGGCGGUGAUGGAGCAGCUGGCGCCGGAGGGCGUGCGGGCGCUGCACGCGCGGGUGGAGGCGGAGUGGGGGCCCGUGCUGCAGAGCGCGUGCCAGACGGCGGCGGCGCGGGCGCUGUGGGCCCGCGCGGUGCGCGACCCGGCCGCCACGGUGCUGGCCGGGGAGCGCUUCCUCAGGGGCCUCCACGAGAAGAUGCGCCGCGACGAGCGCGCCGGCGCGCGGGAGGUGCACGGCGUCAUGAUCGCCGUGCGGACGCUCUGGUUCGACGCCCGCAUCGAGGCCGCCGUCGACGCGCUCGGCGGCGACCCCCAGGUCGUGAUCCUCGGUGCAGGGAUGGAUGCGAGAGCCUAUCGACUGAACUGCCUAAAGGAAUGCACGGUAUUUGAACUUGAUUUCCCGGAGCUCCUAGAAAUGAAAUCUGAUCUUCUGCACGAAGCAAUGAGUUCUGCAAAUCACCAGAAACUCACCCUGAUGGCAAAAUCAUUGAUUAGGGUUCCUGCCAACAUACAAGAUGGAGACUGGGUAACAAAGCUGCAGAGCUGUGGGUAUGUUCCUGAAAGGAACACCAUAUGGGUGCUUGAAGGCAUCAUCUAUUACCUUCACAAUGCAGAUGCAAUGCAAGUCCUUGAAACCAUUGCAGCCAGCCGGUUCUCAGCCUACACAGUGCUCCUGGCCGACUUCAUGAACAAGAAUGCGACAUCGAUCUCCCCGACAAUGUACCAUUUCUACCAUGAUAGCCCUGACCUCCUGCUGCCUUCAAUUGGGUUCUCUAAGGUAACACUGACACAAAUUGGAGAUCCGCAGGCACAUUUUGGGCUGCUAAGUCACCCAGAGAACCUAUUUGAUAAACUGAGGAGACUGCCAAGAUCAAUGGAAAAAAAUCCGGAGGAUGGCACACCAUGCUGCAGAUUGUAUUUUGUGGAAGCCUCAGCCUCACCAGAUGACCAGAUCAUGUGUCCACUGGAUCACUACUUGGAAUAGUUGGAGUACUUUUUUCAUCUGAUGGCAUGCAGAAUUCAUUAGCAUUCAAACCAAAUAUGAUUUUUGUACAAUAUUUUUUUUGCUGAGAUAAUACAUAAAAUCUUGUCAAUGAAAAAUACAAUAUGAAAAUUCCAUCCUACUCUUUACACA